AUCGCUGUACAUCUUUGCUGGUGGUUACCGGUGGUUAUCAUGGUCGAUAUACAUACUUUUGAAGCGGGUUAAAUGUCAAUAAAUUUGAAGUGUUGAGAACUAUUGAUUUGUUGCGAUAUUUAAUUAAUAAAUGGCAGAUAGUAGAGCAUUUGAUAAUCCGUACGAUGAUUUUGUGCCACACAGAGAGAACGGAUGUUUUGAUUUGACAAAUGGAAAGAUACUUCCAAAGUUUCAAGAGAAACUGCAGUUUGCUGUAAAUAAACUGUUAUCAGAACUUGAAACCCAACUGCAUGAGAGCAACAGCCAUGAUUAUUCAGUCUACACUGGAACAUCUGGAAUAGCCCUUCUGUACUUGCUGCUGAGUAAGAGACUCAACAGCUCCACAUAUGCAAAAAGGGCACUGGAUAUGGCAGAGAGAGUGCUUUCAAAGCUCAAGAAUCAUCGUGUAAGUUAUUUGAAUGGAGAUGCAGGUCCUCUGGCGAUUGGUGCUGUCCUAUAUCAUACACAGGGUGCAGAGGCAAAAUCACAGCAUUGCAUUGACAGGUUGAAAAAGAUGUUGCCACAAGUAUUAAAUGUGAACUCAGAUCUGCCUGAUGAGAUAUUGUAUGGACGAACAGGUUACUUGUUUGCCCUUUUGUACAUAAACAAAUGUCUUGGAAGAGACAGUAUAGAUUCUGAAAGUAUGCAACAGGUGGUGACAGCAGUCCUCCGCUCAGGACAAAAUCUUGCUAAACAGGAGGGCAGAAAUGUACCUCUCAUGUACAUGUGGCAUGGGAAAUAUUACCUGGGAGGUGCACAUGGCAUAGCAGGAAUCCUCUACAUGUUACUUAAGGCCAAGGACUACAUGACUGAAUCCGAGCUCAAUAAUUUGGUUCGCCCAACAAUUGACUAUCUGCAAGGAAUUCGCUUCCCUUCUAAUAACUUCCCUUCAUCACUGGGCAACAACACUGACAAACUGGUACAGUGGUGUCACGGAGCCCCUGGCGUUGUGUUCCUGUUUGCUGAGGCUUACAAGGUGUUUGGCCAUGAUCAGUACCUCCAAACAGCACUGAAGUGUGGUGAUGUAGUGUGGAGACGGGGGUUACUUACAAAGGGUUACAGCAUUUGCCAUGGAGUAGCUGGAAAUGCAUACACAUUCCUUGUGCUUUAUCAGCUAACUGGGGAUUUCAAACAUCUUUAUCGAACCUGCAAAUUCACAGAAUGGUGCAUGUCUUAUGGGAAACAGCAGCAUCUUUCACCUGACAGACCAUUAUCACUGUUUGAAGGUGUUUCCGGAGCAAUUUAUUUCCUGGUGGAUAUUCAAGAACCUAAGCAGGCAAAGUUUCCUGCAUUUGGAUUGUAGUGUAUUUGAUGGCUGUACUGUAAUUAAAGUACCUGAAAAGCUUAUAAUUUGUUUCCAUUGUGCAAUCCCUUAACUGUUUGUCCUGAAGAUAAGAUUACCUGUAAUGAGCAUUUUCCCUCCAACUUCAGUAUACAUCUCUUUUCUGUAGAUCAGUACCUCUCAGAUAUGACACUGUGUAGUCCAGUAGAAGUUCAAUGACUGAAUUGCUUUCAUGUACAAGCAGAUGUGUAGACCACUAUGAAAUUUACCAGGAAAUUCAUGCAAUCUUUAUUAGUGAAAUUAAAUAUGUGAACAGUAGUAUUGAAUGACUGUGAUGUUUAAAACUGAUUCAUAUGUAGUUUUUUAAUUGGUUUGUCAACAUGAAA